AUGGCCGCCAACCUCCUCCUCGGUGUCGCCACCGGCGAUGGCCGCCAACCUCCUCCUCCUGUGCAUGUGCCGCGCGUGCACGCGGUUGCGCUGUGGCCAUGCCAUGUGGCUGGAUUCACGGCCUCUGCUUUGGGGGUAGGCGGCGAGGAGGCCGAGGAGCCGUUGGAGGACAAGGCCUGCGACGCGUCGAUGUUGUUUGGCGCCAAGAAGAAGCUGAACGCGCUGCGGCUGUCCCGCAACCGGUUCGCGUUCGACCUCGGCAGCGUGGAGCUGCCCGAGGGGCUGGACAUCCUGGUCAUCGACCACAACAUGGUGUACGGGAGCAUCCCGCCGGCGGCGGCGGCGGCGGGGAGGAAGUGGCUGGCGUUCGACGUCAGCUACAACCAGCUGUGCGGGCCCAUACCGCAGGGGCGGUACACGCACCGGUUCGGGGCCAAGCACUUCGCCGGGAACAAGUGCCUCUGCGACCGCCCGCUGCCGCCGUGCAGCAGCUAG